AUGCCACAAGUACUGGUAGUUAUAAAUGAUAGGUGGGAUGGAGCACCUUAUGUGUCUAUUCAGAGCAGGAUUGAAAUUAGAUAUUCAGAACACACAAAAAUUUGUCCAUUUGAAAGAGGUACGACAAAAAAAGCUGCUGCAAAUGGUGACAUAGAAACAUUAAAACUAGCUCACGAAAGUGGAUGUGAAUGGGAUAAAAAAACAACAAGGGCUGCCGCUAGAAAUGGGCAUUUAGAAUGCUUAAAAUAUGCUCAUAGAAAUAAAUGUAGAUGGAAUCAUAAAACAACAAGGGAUGCUGCUGCUAAUGGAUUUUUUGAAUGCUUAAAAUAUGCACAUGAAAAUGGAUGUCCAUGGAAUGAAAGAACAGCAGAAACAGCUGCUGCUCAUGGACAUUUAGAAUGUCUAAAAUAUGCUCAUGAAAAUGGAUGUAAAUGGAAUGAAAGUACAACUAGAGCAUCUGCAGCAAGUGGCUCUUUAGAAUGCUUAAAAUAUGCUCAUGAAAAGGGCUGUCCAUGGGAUCUAACAACAACAAGAGAGGCUGCUAAAAGUGGUAGUUUGGAAUGUUUAGUAUAUGCUCACGAAAAUGGAUGCAAGUGGAAUGUGGGCACAACUAAUAGAGCUGUCAUGAGUGAUAAUUUAGAAAUUUUAAAAUAUGCACAUGAUAAUGGAUGUCCUUGGAAUGAAAGCACAGCAGAAUCAGCUGCAAAAUAUGGUAAUUUAGAAAACUUAAAAUAUGUUCAUUUAAAUGGUUAUUGCUUAAAAUAUGCAUAUGAAAAUAAAUGCGAGUUGAAUAAAAGUUUAACGUCAGUAGCUGCUUUUAACGGUGAUUUAGAAAUUUUAAAAUAUGCUUUAGAAAAUGGAUUCACAUGUUCAGAAGGUACAAUUAGUUCUGCUGCUUCCAAUGGUAAUUUAGAUUGUUUAAUAUAUGCUCACAAGAAUGGAUGCCCAUGGGAUGAUGAUACAACUAAUGAUGCUGCGUCAAGUGGUUGUUUAGACUGUUUAAAAUAUGCUUAUGAAAAUGGAUGCCAUUGGAGUGAAGGUACAACAGAAACAGCUGCUCUUUAUGAUAAUUUAGAUUGCUUAAUAUAUGCUCACGAAAAUGGAUGCGAAUGGGAUGAUAGAACUACAGUAGUAGCUGCAAGUUUCGGCCAUUUAGAAUGCUUAAUAUACGCUCAUGAAAAUGGCUGUAAUUGGGAUGAAGAUACAACUAGAGCUGCUGCAAAAAGUGGCUUUUUAGACUGUUUAAAAUAUGCUCAUGAAAAUGAAUGUCCAUGGGACGAAACAAUAACUAAAGUUGCUGCUUUAAAUGGAAAUAUAGAAUGCUUAAAAUAUGUUCAUGAAAAUGGAUGUAAAUGGUUUGAGGGCAUAACUAGAGUUGCAGCUUUAAAAGGUAAUUUAGAUUGUAUAAUAUAUGCCCAUGAGAAUGGAUGCCAAUGGGAUGAUGGCACAACUAUAGUUGCAGCUUUAAAUGGUAAUUUUGAUUGUUUAAUAUAUGCUCACAAGAAUGGAUGUUAUUGGGAUAUUGGAACAACUAGAGCUGCUGCAGCAUAUGGUUGUUUCGAUUGUUUAAAAUAUGCUCAUGAAAAUAGAUGUUAUUGGGUUGUAGAUACAAUAGUCACAGCUGCUGUUUAUGGUAAUUUAAAUUGCUUAAAAUAUGCUUAUGAACAAGGAUAUGAUUGGGUAAGAUGUAUUACGAGAGGGGCUGCUGCAAAUGGACGUUUUGACUGCUUGAAAUAUGCUAUUGAAAAUGGUUGUGAAUGGGAUGAAGGCACAACCAGGGAAGCUGCUGCAAGUGGUUGUAUUGACUGUUUGAUAUUUGCUUAUGAAAAUGGAUAUCUAUGGGAUGUAGGGACNAAUGAAAAUGGUUAUCUAUGGGAUGUAGGGACAACCAGUGCAGCUGCUGCAAAAGGUCAUAUAGACUGUCUAAAAUAUGCUCAUGAAAAUGGAUGUGAGUGGGACGAAAGUACUACAAGACUUGCUGCUGCAAAUUAUCAAUUUGAUUGUAUAAAAUACGCACAUGAAAAUAAUUGCCCGUGGAGUAGAAAUACCAUAUAUGCAGCUCUUCAAAAUUAUUAUAUUGAUAUAAUAAAAUAUGUUAUCGUAAAUGGUUUUCCUAAUUAG